AUGGACUCCUCAAUUUUCGACAUUGAUGAUGGCUCGGACUUUGAACCCGCUACUAAACCCAAGACCAAACCCGUCAAGAAAGCCUCUGAGACCAAGCCCGCGACAAAGAAGGCAGCAGCUCCAAAAGCGAAACCUGGCCCGAAGCCAAAGACCACCGUUCCUAAGAAGCGCGCAAAGAAAGACUCGGAAGAUGAGGCCUCAGAUGAUGAGGCCGGUAACCCCUUCAACGAUGAGUCCCUGCUUGAAGACACUCCUCCACAGGCAAAGAAGGCAAAGCCAAACCCAAACCCGGUCAAAGGGAGCCACAAGAAACCUCUCGGUGAUGUCGUCAAUGAAGCUUUAGGCCUCGAUGGAGCGAGCGAUUCUCCACAGCCUCAAAAGAAGAAGAAGCGCGUCUCAGAGCAAUACCAGAAACUCACGCAGUUGGAACACAUCAUCAAGCGUCCCGACACCUACAUUGGCUCAGUCGAGCGCACAGAGAGACAAAUGUGGGUUUACAACACAGAGCAAGACUGCAUGGAGUUUCGCGAAAUAUCUUUCGUUCCCGGUAUCUUCAAGAUCUUCGACGAGAUCUUGGUCAAUGCUGCAGACAACAAGCAAAAUGACAAGAAGAUGGAUGAGAUCCGUGUGACAGUCGACCGUGAAAAGGGGGAGGUCAGCGUGUGGAACAAUGGCCGUGGUAUACCUAUCGAGAUUCAUUCGAAAGAAAAAAUCUACAUUCCAGAGAUGAUUUUCGGCCAUCUUUUGACCGGCUCAAAUUACGACGACAACGAACAAAAGAUCACCGGUGGCAGAAAUGGCUACGGUGCGAAGCUCGCCAACAUCUUCAGCACGGAAUUUACAAUAGAGACCUCCGACUCCAAGCAGAAGAAGAAAUACAAGCAGACUUGGACCAAGAAUAUGUCCGAGAUGGGAAAGGCCAAGAUUACUGAUUCCAAAGGGGAAGACUAUACCAAAGUGACAUUUUACCCCGACUUUGCGAAAUUCGGCAUGACGGCCAUGGAUGACGAUCUCGAAGCGCUUUUCAAACGUCGAGUUUAUGAUCUUGCUGGCACCUGUAAGGGGGUCAAAGUCAAGCUUAACGGCACCAUGAUUCCCAUCAGAAACUUCAAGAAAUAUAUUGAAAUGUAUACCAAAGCCAUCAAGAAGGAGCGAGGCGAGGAGGCGGCAAAUGACAACUCUGAAAUCAUCACAGAGUCUCCCGAUCCCCGUUGGGAAAUUGGCUUUGCCGUGUCUGAUGGCUCGUUCCAACAGGUGUCAUUCGUCAACUCAAUCGCCACUACCUCAGGGGGUACACAUGUCAAUUAUGUUGCUGACCAGAUCGUCAACCGUCUCAUGGACGUUGUCAAGAAAAGAAACAAAGGCGGUGCCCAAAUGAAGCCAAAUCAGAUUCGCAACCAUAUCUUCGUUUUUGUCAACGCCCUUAUUGUCAAUCCAGCUUUCACUUCGCAGACAAAAGAGCAACUGACCACAAAAGCCAGUCAGUUUGGAAGCAAAUGUCAGAUUUCCGACGAAUUUAUGAAGAAGGUUGCAAAAACCGAAGUCGUCAGCAACAUUCUUCACUUUGCACAGCAAAAAGCCGACCAGAUCCUCAAGAAAUCCGACGGGAGCAAACGAAGCCGAAUGAACAACCCGAAAUUAACCGAUGCAAAUAAGGCUGGCACGAGAGAAGGGCACAAAUGUACUUUGAUUUUGACCGAAGGUGAUUCGGCAAAAAGUCUUGCGAUGGCAGGACGUUCCGUGGUCGGUCCUGACCUAUUUGGUGUGUUCCCGCUACGAGGCAAGCUUCUCAACGUCCGAGAUGCUUCUAUUGACCAGAUCUCCAAAAAUGCUGAGAUUCAAAACAUCAAGAACUUCCUGGGUCUGCAGCACAAGAAGGUAUACACCGACACCAAUGGUCUCCGAUAUGGACAUCUCAUGAUCAUGACGGAUCAAGAUCAUGAUGGAAGUCAUAUCAAAGGGUUGUUGAUAAACUUCUUGCAAGUUCAAUUCCCUAGCCUGCUAAAGAUCCCCCAAUUUUUGGUCGAGUUCAUUACGCCCAUUGUCAAGGUGUGGAAGGGCGACCCAAAGAAUCCGACCCAAUCUCGCUCUUUCUACACCAUGCCAGAGUAUGAGGCAUGGAAAGAAGCUCAUAAGCACGAACGUGGAUGGGAGAACAAAUACUACAAAGGGUUGGGAACAAGCACGGCAGAAGAUGCUCAGCAAUACUUCAAUGACAUCGACAAGCAUCACAAAGAGUUCGACGUCAUGAAGGAUGACGAAGCUGCUUUGAUCGAACUUGCUUUUUCCAAGAAGAAGGCGGACGAGCGAAAGGAGUGGCUGCGGCAAUUCAAGCCAGGGACGUUUCUGGACCACACAACCAAAAACAUUUCUUACACCGAUUUUGUCAACAAAGAGCUAAUCCUGUUCAGUAUGGCCGACAACAUCCGAUCCAUCCCCUCAGUGGUGGAUGGUCUGAAGCCCGGUCAGCGAAAAGUCAUGUAUGCCUGCUUCAAGCGCAAUUUAAAGAAGGAUAUGAAGGUUGCUGAGCUGGCGGGUAUGGUUGGUGGUUUGACGGCGUAUCACCACGGUGAAACAUCUCUCCAGCAGACUAUUGUUGGAUUAGCGCAAAACUUUGUCGGAUCGAACAACGUCAACUUAUUGGAACCUUCGGGCCAAUUUGGUACCCGAAACCAGGGCGGUAGCGAUUCUGCAAGCGCCCGUUACAUUUUCACCCGGUUAUCGCCCUUUGCAAGGAAACUAUUCCACCAAGCCGACGAACCCCUGCUCUCCUACAACCUUGAUGAUGACAAGAAGAUUGAACCUGAGGUAUACGUACCGAUCGUCCCCAUGGUCCUUGUCAACGGUGCCGAUGGUAUCGGCACGGGCUGGAGCUCUUCCAUUCCGAACUACAAUCCAGAAGACAUUGUGGAAAACCUGAAACGAAGAAUGGCCGGUGAAGAGUGGAAGCCUAUGCAACCCUGGUUCCGCGGAUUCAAGGGUGAGGUCAAGGCUACUGGGCCUGAUAGAUAUCAAUUCAGUGGUAUUAUCCGCCAAUCUGGUGACACUGAAGUUGAGAUAACAGAAUUGCCUAUCCGCACAUGGACGCAAGAUUUCAAAGACCGCUUGGAAGAGAUCCUCAAAGCAGAGAAGACCCCAUCGUUCAUUAAGGACUACAAAGAUUACAAUACCCAUGACACGGUACAUUUCAUCAUCCAACUGGACGAGAAGCACAUGAAGUCGGCCCUUGAGGAAGGCCUUGUGGAAAAGUUCAAACUCACAAGGUCAGUGGCAACGUCAAAUCUUGUGGCGUUUGAUCCAGAAGGCCGUAUCACAAAAUAUGCGAAUGUCGAAGCCAUCAUGGACGAAUUCUACAGCUAUCGUCUGCAAUUGUAUGCCAAGCGCAAGGAGUGGCUUUUGCAAGAAAUGCAGAAGGACCUCAGACGGCUCAUGAAUCAAGCUCGGUUUAUUCAGAUGAUAAUUGAUGGGAAACUGAGUAUCUCCAAGAAGAAAAAGGCUGUGCUCAUUGCAGAACUUCAAAAGCUUGGCUUUGAUGCGUUCCCAAAGACGCAAGAUGCAGCUAAACAAGGUGAGACCGAGCCCGUUGUCGAUGAGGAUGAUACCGAAGAAGAUUCGGUUGACGCCAGCGCCUACGACUAUCUUCUCGGCAUGGCUCUGUGGUCCCUGACACAAGAGCGAGUUGAGAGACUUCAACGACAGAUCGGGGACAAAGAGGAGGAAAUCGAUGUUCUCAUGAAGAAAUCGAAAGAGGAUCUCUGGAAACAUGACCUUGACGAAUUCAUUGCGGAAUGGAGGUUCCAGCUGGAGGACGAGCACAACCGCAAGCGCAACAUCCGCAAGGGCCGUCGAGUCUCGAAGAAGUUUGCUACAGCAGCAACGACAAAGCCCACCAUCAAGAAGCGAAAAGGGCUCGGAGAUGCGUGGGAUGACGACUCUGAUUUCCAGGAGUCUGCUCCCAAGGCAAAGAAGAGUGCGCCUGCUCCGAAGCCAGUUCAGGUUGCAAAACAGCGCUCCAUUACAGCGUAUGCUGCGCCGAAGACCAAUGCCUUGAAGAAUGCUUUGGAGAAGCGAGCCAUGUAUACUGAUGGUGCCAGUGACCCUAUUGAGGAGCCAGAGGACGGCGGUGCAAAGUCUGGCGAUGAUGGCUUUGCCAACGGUGUCAAGGACGAGUCUGACCAUGAGAACCCUAUCCCCAAAGCUGCACCCCGGCAAGCACGUGCGGUCACCAAAAAGCCGACAAACUAUGCAUUGUUGAGUGACUCUGAGAGUGACAAUGGAGAUGACCUGCUCGCUGAUCUUGGCGACAUGGUGAAAGGUCUACCAAGCAAUCUCAGUACCGAUAGCGGUGCUGAAGCGCGUGCCCUUUUCUCCAAUUCUGUUUCUCGUCCAGGCAGCAGUCACGGUUUUAAGCCGGCUCUUAAGCCAGCUGCAAAAGCCUCGAUGGAUCUUUCAGAUGAUGAGACCGACUACAAGAUGCUUGCUCCCCAACAGUCACCGAGAAGAUCAAUCAUUGUGACAAAUAAGGAUGACACCAAUUUUGUCCAGGAUUCCGACGAAGAUGAAGCUCCAACGAAGCCCACGAAGAAGCCUGUAACCAAGAAGACAAAGAAUAUUGUUAGCGACGAUAGCGAGAGCGAUGUCGCUCCGCCUAAAGCAAAUAAGAAGGGACCUGCCAAAAAGCCAGUGAAGGAUGAGCCAGUGAAAACAAAGAAGGCGGCGCCGAAGAAACCGGCGGCGACAAAGAAGGUGGAACAAUCUCCAGUCGCCAAGGCUUAUGCUAAAAGACUUGCAAAGAAGAAAGUGGUGGAUUCGGAUGACGACAUGGAUGCUCUGGCAGAUGAUAUUCUGAAGUCACCUUCAGCCUCCGAGUCGGACGAACCGGUUGCAAAGAAACCGGCGGUGAGGCCGGCCAGGCGAGCGGUGACUGCAAAGAAGCCUAGCGUCUACACUUUUGAUGACGAUGAGGACGAUGAGGAUACCGGUUUCCGUGACGAUGGUUCCUCGGCGGCAUUUUCGGACGAGUGA